AAACAAUCUGAUAUAGGAUGAUAGACAAGAGAUCAGAGCCGCAUCUUCUCCUCCAAAAUAAAAGGGAGCACACUGACACACCAUUAACUGAUUACUCCAUCCUACUCUGUUAUGGAAAAACUACGCCAUUGAUUCACCUCAACUAACUAUGCUUCCCACAACUUCCUUCUCCUCACCUCUUCCAACGAUUCUCAUUCCCCCAUCCUUUCGAUCACACUCUUCUCUCUUACACCUCUCCACCCACCACCCCAUUUCCGCCACUUCUACACCAUCACAAUCCUCUGUUCUAUCCGAGCCGCCUUCCAUCUCCAAUGCUGCCCUUAACCUCCGUACAGCGCCAUGGAUGAAGGCUCCUCUCCACCUUCAAACCCAACAAGAAGAAGGCGUGGAUCCCGCAAACCCCAAAAGAAGAAAUGGGUCCGAUCGGAAUGGGGGCGAUAAAUGUUCUAGGGCUUUAGGUGAUAGAGGAAUUGAAAAAACUGGGAAAUACGCGAUGCGACGAAUUGCUAAAAGCAUUGGAAAGCUUCGGAGAAAUGGGGAUUUGGGAGAAACCCGAAUGAAUUUGGAGGAGGUUGAAUUUGGGGAUUUUGAUUUGGAGGGUUUUGAGGAGUCUGGAACUCGCCGGAGAAUGCCAUGGGAGAAGGAUGAUGAUGGGAUUGUUUUCCGGAGGAUGAAGAAGAAAACAAUGACUUCAGCGGAGUUGAAUCUUGAUAGACUGUUGCUUGAAAGGUUGAAGGCCAAGGCUUCAAAAAUGGAGAAAUGGGUGAAGGUCAAUAAAGUUGGAGUUACUCAAGAUGUUGUGAAUAACAUACAACUCAAAUGGGAGAGAAAUGAGCUUGCUAUGCUGAAAUUCGAUGUGCCAUUGAGCCGCAACAUGGAUAGAGCACGAGAAAUUGUUGAGAUGAAAACUGGAGGAAUGGUAGUCUGGAGUAAGAAGAAUGCUCUUGUUGUUUACCGGGGUUGCAAUUAUCCACUGAAUUUGAAACCUAGUACGAAAAUGCAAGUAGAUAGCUCUUGUUCCAAAACACAGGUGCUGCAACAGAAUCCAGUAAAGGUGGAAACAGACACUCAUUCUUCACUCAGCGGACAUUAUGAAAGUGGUUUAGACCAAAGUCGAAAUGACGACGAUGGUGAAUGGGAAGAAGCUUCUAGCUUUUUCUUGAUGCGUCAUGGAAAUCUCCAACCAUUGAGUGGAUCACUCUAUGAGAGGGAAACUGACAGGCUAUUAGAUGAUUUGGGACCUCGCUUUAUUGACUGGUGGAUGCACAAACCUCUGCCGGUUGAUGCUGACAUGCUUCCAGAGGUGGUUCCUGGAUAUAUGCCUCCAUUUAGGCGUUGUCCACCCUAUACUAAACAAAAUCUUACAGAUGCUGGACUACAACAUCUGAGGAAGCUUGCACAUUCCUUACCUACUCAUUUUGUCCUCGGGAGAAACAGAGGACUUCAAGGGUUGGCCGCGGCCAUCUUAAAGUUGUGGGAGAAAAGUAUGAUAGCUAAGAUUGCUUUGAAGUGGGGGGUCCCAAAUACAAACAAUGAGCAGAUGGCAUUCGAACUUAAGAAACUCACAGGAGGAACAUUGCUGUUGCGCAAUAAAUUUCUCAUUAUCCUUUAUCGAGGCAACGACUUCCUACCUGUUGGAGUUGCUGAUUCAAUAAUUCAAAGAGAAUUAGAGCUCCAAAGAUGGCAACUUCACGAGGAAAAUUCACGGCUGAAAGCCAGUGAAUUUUUCUGUUUUGACACUGGGAACAUGGAAGAGAGAGGGAAGGCUGGAACUCUAUCAGAUUUUAAGGAUGUCACAGUGGAGUAUGAAGAUUUGUCAACUGAAAGCACAGAAUCAAAACUUCAAGCAGAAGCUGAAAAGGGGAAAAUAAUUAGGGAGCUAAGGAUGCAAGAGCGAAGACUUAAAAUUCUUAACUUUAAGGUAGAGAAGUCAACAAAGGAGUUGACGAAGUUGAAUGCAUCAUGGAGCCGUGUUGAGCCAGAUGCAGACCAGGAACUUAUUACAAAUGAGGAGAGAAUAUGUUUUAGGAAGAUGGGUUUGAAGAUGGAUAGCUGCUUAACACUCGGUAGGCGGGGUGUAUUUGAUGGUGUCAUUGAAGGCUUGCAUCAACACUGGAAACACAGAGAGGUAGUAAAGGUGAUUACCAUGCAGAGAGCUCUUAAUCAGGUUAAUUAUACCGCAAAAUUGCUUGAAGCAGAAAGUGGUGGGAUUUUAGUAUCCGUGGACAAACUAAAAGAAGGCUAUGCCAUAAUUAUUUUCCGUGGAAAGAACUAUAAACGACCUCUACAUUCAGUGUCGAAGAAUCUCUUGACUAAAAGAAAAGCAUUAAGUAGGUCCUUGGAGAUGCAGAGAAUUGGAUCACUGAAGUUCUUUGCUAAUCAGAGACAGCAACAAAUUUCUGAAUUACAACUCGAACUGGAGAAUGUGCGAGAUAGUGAGGAGUAAAUUAAUCAGAACUAGAGUACAAAGCUUGCCGAUAAAAGCACACUUCUCCACUUCUACAUUUGAAAUGUGGGCGAAUUGGGUCUUUGAAGAAUGUAUCAGAUCUCCAUGUGAACAAAGUUUGUUAGGCAGAGGCCCCAUAUUCAAUAAUGGAUGCUUUAAAACUGUGAAAACAACAAAGAAGCUAAGAUGGAGAGGAAGAAAUUCUUUAGAUGUUGUGGAGCAUAAGUGGAUAUGUCUACUUCAAUUCUGGAAUGGAUACUGUAAGUGAAAAAGAAAGAAAUUUUUUUUGUCUUCCAUUUAUAAAUAGUAUUAGAAUUAAUUAUUUUGUAUAUCGAUCAACUAUGUUAUUCUUUUAUAUCUAAUGUAACAUGUACAUAAAUCAGUGACCUCUAAAUCUUAUAAAAAUGUUUGAACUA